AUGAUUUAGUAGUAAGGUUAACCAGAGGAAGUGCAAAAGCAAGAAAAAAAGGAUGAAGGAAGAAAUGCUUCUUCUAAUAGGGAGGAAGACAGAAAAGGGCAAUCAAAGAGACGCAAUUCUUCGAAUGAGUCAAACUCAAAUUAAUCAUCCUCCUUUGAGAAUAAGAUUGGAAAACGCUACUAUCCCCACAGUGAAUUCAAGAUCCACUUCUAUGUACGUCAUGUACACAUGAAUGGGAUGAGUACUAAUGAAUUUUUGAGUUUCAUUAAGAGAAAAGGUAAUGUAUGGUAAUAUUUAGUGAAUUUGGCUGGGUCAUGUGAUGUGGUCCAAAUAUUCAAUACUCAGGGAUCCUAUUGCGAUGUUGCAAUUGGAAUGAGCAAUGAUGAUAAUGCAAAAUUAGUCUACAUAGGCAAGAAGCACUUCAAUUUUGGAAGGAAUGGUAUGAUCAAAUUAAUUUAUGAAUAGGAAGACAGAAGGAAGUUGUGGAAUUGAGUGAUGCCUUUAAAAACUAUCUAGAAAAUAAGAAUAUGUUGGACAAAGAACAUUUGGAGCGAUCUUUGAGGAGAAAUGUAACUGUGCACCAUUUAAUUUAGCAAUAAUCAAAGGGCAGGAGUGACAGUAGUGAGUCAUCAAGAAGGUAGAGUCGAAGUGUCAGCAAGUAGUAGAAGAAGAGUAAGAAAGUGGACAGAAAACAGUCUUAGGGACAAGGAUCGAGAAGGAGAUCAUCCUCUUCUUCUAGCUAACCCAGAAGAACCAAGUAGGUCAAAAAGAUUAGACAGUCAUCAAGGAGUUCUUCCUUAGAAUUGAAUAAGGAUUAAUUGAAUGUUUAACCUAUCAAACCUUAACAGGUGUUCACUGAUAAGAAUAGUGUUUAUAUCUUCUCGAUACCACAGGAAGUUAAUGAGAAUGAAGUUAUCUCAGAGAUUGUUACUCAUCAUAAAUAGAAUGCACCUAUUAAUCAUACUUGGAGUUAUUAUUUAUUUAAAUUAUUAAGACACUUCUGAUA